ACUUAUUCAUUUCCGGUGUGAACAGUUCCAGAAACAUAAGAAAGUUUACAUUUUCAUUUAUUUUCUGUCGUCAUUUUAUCUCUUGAAACGUGUCGGUUUUGAUGAAAAAUCUUGAUUUAUUUUAUGUUCGUUUGUAUUAUUAAAAUCGUAUUCUAGUUGUGCUUCUCCUAUAUUCGGAAAAUAAUCAAGCACGUUGCAGCGCUCCGUCAUAGCAUAGACAGUGGAAGGUACCUACGUAAUAUCGAAUAUCUUGAAACCUAUAUUUACUUACGUAUAUAUAGCAAGUUUAAUCCGUUCUCACCACGUUUUUGCCAGCUGGUGCGUACAUUUGUGCUGUAGAAAUUGGUUGGCGCGCCCGGCGUGUCGCGAGGCCGUGUUUUCCUGGUGUCAGCUUCUUCGAAGCCAGGAUCAACAAUUCAUCCCAUUCGCCAGCUCUCGUCCAUAGGGGCGUUAUCGUUUUAUAUGACUUUAGCAAGAUAUACAGAGACAUCAGUACAGCGCGAGGAGAGUAGUCGGUGCGUUGCGACAAGAGGACCGGCCGGCUGCCGUCGAGGGUGCAUGACGCUUCACAUACCUAACAACACUGCUCGCAGUAACAGGCACCGGAAGCUGCUGCCGCUGCGGCAGACGUGACUGGCGCGCCGCGCGGGACCGCCCGCCCGCAUGCCGCCCCGCUGACUAGACCCGCUCCACACCCACACUCGCCGCGCCGCCAUCGCACCGCCGCACCGCCGCACCACCGCACCAUCGCACCACCGCACGAUCCAGUGUCAAGAAAAAGAAUAAUCAAGGCAUCCAUUAUAAUUAUUUAGGUUUAGUAGUGUACCGACCGAGCCAGCCAUGGGUUCCGUGAACGUGAACCGCAAUGUAGCGGACGCGUUCUACCGCUACAAGAUGCCGCGCAUCUGCGCCAAGGUCGAGGGCAAGGGCAACGGCAUCAAGACCGUCAUCGUCAACAUGCCCGAGGUCGCCAAGGCGCUUGGCAGACCCGCCACAUAUCCGACUAAGUACUUCGGCUGCGAGCUUGGCGCUCAGACGCAGUUUGAUUUUAAGAAUGAACGAUUCAUCGUGAACGGUAGCCACGACUCCGCCAAACUGCAGGACUUGCUUGAUGGCUUCAUCCGCAAGUUCGUGCUGUGCCCGGAGUGUGACAACCCUGAGACGGAGCUGAUCGUGUCGACGAAGCGGAACACAAUAUCGCAGGGCUGCAAGGCGUGCGGCUACCAUGGCCAGCUCGACUUCAACCACAAGCUCAACACGUUCAUACUCAAGAACCCGCCGGCCGCUGAUCCCAGCAUGCAGGGCUCGUCGCUGACGGAAGGCAACCGCGGCAAGCGGUCCAAGCGGUCCGGGCCCGGCGCCGCCAACGGCAACCACGACGCAGACAACGACAAGCAGCAGGACAGCGAGCCACCCAUAACGCCGACGACGCCGAAUGUGAAGAGCAGCAAGAAGGAGAAGGAGAAGCGGGAGUCGGACGACGACGACGACGGCAACUGGACUGUAGACGUCAGCGAGGCCGCAGUACGAGCGCGUAUGCAAGAUUUGACGGAGGGCGCCAAGAGCAUGACGCUGUCGGAGGACAGCGAGAAGAACGAGAAGCAGCGCAUGGACCUGUUCUACGCGUUCGUGAAGCGCCUCGCCGACGGCGGGCUGGCGGCCGGCAGCCGCGCCGCCGCCGACAUCCUGCACGAGGCCGAGCGGCUGGAGGUGAAGUCGAAAGCGCCGCUGGUGAUCUUCGAGGUGCUGGUGCGCGCUAACUCGCUGGCGGCCGACGUGAAGAAGCACCGCGCGCUGCUGCUGCGCUUCACGCGCGCCGACAACCGCGCGCAGCGAGCCGCGCUGCACGCGCUCACCGCGCUCUGCGCGCACCACCCCGCGCUGCUGCCCAAGGUUCCCGCGAUUCUGAAGCUGCUGUACGACGCGGACAUCGUGGAGGAGAAGGCGCUGCUGGAGUGGGCCAGCAAGCCGUCGCGCAAGUACGCGAGCAAGGAGCUCGUGGCGGAGGUGCGCAAGCGGGCGCAGCCCUUCCUCGACUGGCUGCAGGACGCCGAGGAGGACAGCAGCGACGACGCCGCCAGCGAGGAGGACAUCGAGAUACAGUACGACGACCGCGCCAAAGUGACUCCCAUCAAGGCGGUGACCGCACCCGCGCCGCCCAAGAAGCAGCCGGAGGACGACGCUGACAUCGACGUCGACAUCGACGCCAUCUGAACAUCGCCACCGUUACCACCAUCACCGUACCACCACUACACUACCACCACUUGGGCAUAUAUGGGCGUUUCACCGCAUACAAUCCACGAGAGUGUAAGCUUUUUCAAUUAGUACAUAAUCGGGAUGAACCUACUGAACACUAACUUCUCAGCAGUAGAUAUGUUUCGUUCAUUUAACCCUACCACAGUGAGGGAAUAACUCGAAAUUGUACUAUUACAGUUCAUUUCUGCUAAUUAAUAUUAAAUUAAUUUCAUGUUUUAGUCGAUUCUUCAAAUAUGAAACAGAUAUUCGCAUUUUCAUAGUAGAUAAGUUAAAAAGUUGGUGACAGUCUUAUAAAAACAUGAUUGAUAACAAUAACAUUAUAAAAUGGUGACAUCAUAGUGUUUGGUCAUGUUUUUAUCACUUUGCAGAAGCUUACACUCAUACGUUCCCUCUACAUGGUGAAUGGACAAGUGCUAUUUCAAAUGGGGCUUUUGGAAACCACUGUGUGUAUCGUGGACUAUUAAUAUUGAAGUUGCUCACGUAACAAUGUGAAAUAUCAGUUUUUUUUAGGUUACUAUCAAAAGUACAGUGGUACAAGUAGUUUACCAUAAAAAACGUAUGUGUCCAAUACGCUAUCGAUGCCUAGAAAGAUUUGUUGCUAUAACACUUGUUUGAUUCACACAGUGAUUUAAACUACACUUGGUGUGAAACGCCUAUAUACACACUAUCACACUGCACUGGCCAAACCAAAAUAGAAUUGAGUAAAUACAUACUCAUUUUUUCAUUCGUUCCUACACUUGACUCCUUUCACACUCAUCCCUUUAAUAAUAGAUAUUUUAUUUACAUUAUUUAGUAUAUGUACUAGCUUUUGACCGCAGCUUCAUUCGCGUGUGCCAUUCGCGGUAAUCAUUUUUCUUCAAUCUUAUAAAUUAUAAUUGUUCUUAUUAAUUUCCAAAAACACUGAAAAGUAUUUUAUUUAUUUCUAAUCAAUAGUUCCUUACUUCAAUUCUAAAAAAACUCCAAUAUAAUCUGUCAACCACCAUUUCAUCCUCGUAGGGGUUGAAUUUUUAAAAUUCUUUUCUUAUUUUUCGCCUAUGUUAUGUAAAGAACUAAUCUGUAAAAUUUCAAGAUUCUAGAUUCAGCGACUUCGGCUAUGCGUUGAUAUAUGGGUUUAUCAGUCGGUCAAACAUCAGUAAUCCUCUUUUAUAUAUGCAGAUUAGGUUUUGAUGGAAUCAUUUCAACAUGUAACCAACACUGGUUCGUGAUAAAACAGUUCAAAGUCUUAGCCCUCAGGAAUGGCAACGCAUGGGGGAUAUCAUGGGCGAAACAGUAUACUCUGUUAUGUCCAUGGUACUGCUCAUGUCUAUAGGCGACGUUUACCACUUUCCAUCAGGUGGGCCGUCAGCUUGUUUGCCAUUCUAAGUUGCAUAAAAAAGUCAUACAGAUUGUUUGUUAUAAUUGGAUUUGUGAUUAUUUAUUUUAUGAGGAAACCAAAUCUGCAUUAUAUAUAAUGUCUAAGGUGAGAAACCAAGCCACUAAAUAUUUGUAAAAAUGCUGCCAACAAUUAUAAUGUGAGAUCUGAAUCACAUCGAAUUAUAAAUAAUCCUCUCUCAAUUUUCAGUAAUAUCAAAUUUCUCUAUAACAUUCUCGCAACAUACAAUUUAGUGUGUUUAGUAGAAUCUCCUUAUUCAUUUCACGGUUUUGGCAUAAAUUUACAGUAUACUCUGUUAUGUCCAUGGUACUGCUUAUGUCUAUAGGCGACGGUUACCACUUGACAUCACAUGUGCCGUCAGCUUGUUUGCCAUUAUAAGUUGUAUAAAUUUUUUUUUGUUCAUGGGAUUUGUAUGAAAGAAGCCAAAUGUAAGCGCUACGGUCGUGCACGCUUUGCAGAGGUAGACGAAAGCUAGUUAUGGUCACAUACAAACAUCCAAAUAUUCGAGUGUUGCAAUAAUAUACACAUGUGAUUCGGCAUUUAUGGAAUUGGAGCCAAAUUGUAAAUAUAUUCAACAUUAUUUAUAAUCCGUAUUAGAAUUAUAUUUUGAUGAGGUCAUUGAUGUUUAUAACCAAUUGGUAUUCGUGCGUGAGUAUAAAUUGAUUUCGACAAAUUUGACCUAAUACUAUCGCUAUGUUAAUGCUGAGUGUGAGCGAGAUGGAGACAGAUUGCUGUCAUUUGGCAACUCUAGGGAUGAAAUCGAGACGUUCGAUAGUAUUAGGUUCAAAUUUGUGUUCACAUAAACUUGUGUUUGGUUAUAAACUUGUUGGUAUAAAGUUCGUAACAUUUGGCUCUUGUUUCACCUAACUCAAUAUUAUUAAAGUAUGUAUAGAAAUAAGUAUUUAAUAUAUAAUUUCAAUAUACAUAAAUACAGUAGUUGCAGUACUUGUGAAGGAAAUAGGGAAUUAUGUACUUCGAGAUUGUAUACAGGUAUACCAUACGUAGACAAGUAACAAGCAAAUAGAUGCGUUUACGUGUGAAAUAGAACGAGACAGCGGUUGUGACGCGUCUUGAUCUUUCUCAUACGUGCGGUAGCGUAAAUGUAUCUACAUGAGACCCAGGCGUAUAUUACAAUACGAAGUCCAACGACAGUAUUCAUAACGGGAAACUUUUUUUUUAAAUACACUCCUCGCAAAAAUUAAGGGAACAUAAAAAUUUUUGAAAUUUUAGGGUGAUUUUCAACAGGCUGUAUUUCAGUGAAAAAUAAUCGUACAGGAAAUUUAAAAAAAGGGGUUUGAAGCUUGAAAACUCUAGUUUUCAGAUUUUUUAGUAAAAAAAAUUUUUGAGCUCCGGUUUCCAUGCAAUUCUUAAACAAAGCUGAAAAUAAAUUUUUUCUAAAUUUUCUAGGUUUCGUUUUUCACUCUAUGGGCAUGGAAAAAUUUUUUCGAGCUACUCCAUUGUAUAGGUCUCUUAGCGUGUUUAUUCAGCUUCAAAAAUCGCUUUGGAUGGCUCAAUUACGACCAUUUGUCUCCGAGAUAUCGAACUUUGAAUGCAAAAGCAUCCUUUUUCCAUUCAACUGCUAAUAUCUCUGGAACUACUGGUCGCACAGCAAGCGGGCGCCGAGUUUCUUUAUCUGCAUAAAAUUUUCUUGAUUUUUUUCGAUUUUUUUUUGAUAAUGAAUUUUUAAAAAACAAAAAUUUGAGUAAAAAGUGAAAAACAAAUGAAAUUAUUGAUUUUUGAAUGGAUUAGGGUGAGUUUAAGGGACAAAAACCUUGUUCCCUUAUUCAAUCAAUUGGUCCGGGAAAAACCGUUGAACUGAUCGCUCCAGGGAUUUAGGGGGUUCUUUAAGGAACAAUAGACUGUAAAAUUUUCCUCAAACCUUAGCUUUCCCGCCCAUAUUAGCGAAGAUACAGCCAAGUAACCAAAAAAGAGAAAAAGUCACUUUUUUCCACUUUUUUCAAUUCAAUGUUAGAGAUGGAAAAAAAUUUUUUCUUCACUAACUCUUGACUGUGCUUAAUUGGAAAUUUUAUUCAGAUAAAGAAACUCGGCGCCCGCUUGCUGUGCGACCAGUAGUUCCAGAGAUAUUAGCAGUUGAAUGGAAAAGGAUGCUUUUGCAUUCAAAGUUCGAUAUCUCGGAGACAAAUGGUCGUAAUUUAGCCAUCCAAAGCGAUUUUUGAAGCUGAAUAAACACGCUAAGAGACCUAUAUAAUGGAGUAGCUCGAAAAAAUUUUUCCAUGCCCAUAGAGUAAAAAACGAAACCUAGAAAAUUUAGAAAAAAAUUAUUUUUAGCUUUGUUUAAGAAUUGCAUGGAAACUGGAGCUCAAAAAAUUUUUUCACCAAAAAAUCUGAAAACUAGAGUUUUCAAGCUUCAAAACCCUUUUUUUAAAUUUCCUGUACGAUUAUUUUUCACUGAAAUACAGCCUGUUGAAAAUCACCCAAAAAUUUCAAAAAUUUUUAUGUUCCCUUAAUUUUUGCGAGGAGUGUAUGUCUGUAAACUAAAAAUAUACAUACUUUGCAUUUAAGUGAUCUGUUUCAAUUGGAAAAUUUAGUUCCAUGAACAUUAUAGCUUGCUUUCUCAUUCAUAUAUAUUUUAAACUGUAUAAAUAUCGUAAUAUUGUGGUAUAUAUAUAUAUAUAUAUAUAUAUAUAUAUAUAUAUAUACCACAAUACCAAUUAAUAAAUGAGAUUAAUUAAAUGGAAAAACUUUUUUAUUAACUUAUAUACAAUUUACGAUAUAUUAUAUUUUAACAACUAUUGGAUCUUUUUUAAUCUAUUCUGAAUAUACGCAGAUCAUUUAUUAUAAUGAUUAAAUUUAUAGAGUUGAUUAUAAAUUUACUGGGUACAGAGGAAUAACACCUGAGUCCUCAGGAAUGGCAACGCAUGAGGGGUAUCAUGGGCGAAACAGUAUAGUCUGUUAUGUCCAUGGUACUGCUCAUGUCUAUAAGCGACGGUUACCACUUUACAUCAGGUGGGCCGUCAGCUUGUUUGCCAUUCUAAGUUGUGUAAAAAAAAAUAUUUAUAAUGAAUUCUGGGCUCAAUGGAAUUAAUUCUUUCAGAGAAAAGAUCUUCACUAAUAAUAAUUAAAAAAUAUUCUUCAUUGAUUAUCAUUACAAUCAAUUUUUUCUAUUUACUAUCUCGAAAAAUAAGCUGAAAUUUCGAUAUCAUAUCCCUGUUGUAUUAGAUAAGUGUACUGCUUCAAACAUCUUUCCUAAUAUUCAAUGUAGAGCUCUCUUUCCCCAUUAUUGGCACUGUAUCUUAUAAUAAAUAUAAUAAUGAAUUAUAAUUGUUGAGAGCCCGCCCUCUCACACAAAGUUGGAUUUAUCGUAGCUAAUUUCGAUUUUCAUUAUACAUAUAUAAUUUGAAAUAUUAUAAAUAAAAUGACGCGUCGUAACACUUUGUGUGGGAGGGUUGAUUUUUUAUUAGCCAUCAUUAUUUUGUUCCUAUAUUGUAUAAUAUAUAGUUUUUUUUUUAUUACUCUUAAUUUUCCAAUAUUUAUUUGAGAUGCAACUUUAUACGCACUGAAGUUACACCAAGGUUAGCCAUAUGGGAUCUCAAUGUUUCUUUCCUAGUACUAUUUUAUACACGGUCACAAAAACAAAUAUUAUUGUGACGGCAAUAUGGAUUGUGCUGUAAUUGGAGGCAAUAUGUUUUGUAUGAAAUAUUGAAUAGAAAAUGAUUUAGUAUUUAAAAUUGUGAAAAUCGAAGAGGGUGGUACAGAGUUGAGUAAAAUAUUGAUUUGGUGGGCUCGUCUGGGAGCUGUGAUACAUAACGCUAAUAUGUGAAUAAAUUGGCAUUUAUUCUCAUUGAUUGCCAAUUACAGAUUGUAAAGAAACUAUUAAGAUAUGGCGAUAGUUCUUUCCAGUGUAAUUACUAGAAUUUUGUGGCGUUAAUCUUUAGUUAUCACAGUGUAUGUGAUGAUCAUCAUCUGUGAUGUGCAUGGUGCUGUUCGUGUCUACAGGUGACCAGUAUCGUUUGCCAUCAACUAGACUGGCAGCUUGUGUAUGAAAAAAUUUUUUCUAAGUAUAUGAGUUUGCUAUGGAUCACAAUUGGUCUUUCAAGAGAACUGUCAAAUGGUACUAAUGAAAAUCGUAAUUGGGCAAGUACAAAACUUAUCAAUUAUUCAUCUGUUGAGAGUUUUUUAUCUCAUUACUUCAAUAUACCAUGUAGAUAAUUCUCCAAAACAAGGUGAAAUUCCGAGACAGAUCUACAGCUCCAUCUGGCGGGCCGGCGGGUACACUCAACUCUGUACACCUGUCCAUAUAUGUAUAUGUAACGUAGGUUAGAAUUAUUUGCGAUGAGCCCCACGGAUGCGCGUACGCAGCAUGUGUUGUAAUAUAUUGGGAUGCGGGGCGACACCUCGCGCGGGUGCGAAGGGCGUUUCCUCUUAAUAUAAUACUAUUAUUAAUAAUAGAAUAUUUAAAAAUUGCCACCUGACAAUUUAUUAGAUUUGUUUUGUAUUCAAUACAUUUGGAUUCUAAAAUU